UUCUUCUUCACCAUCGUUACUCCUUCGAGUGUGACGUCAUCCCUUGUCCAGAGAUUUCAGAGGAGGAGGUGACGAAAGAAACUAACCAUCGUUAAGAUCUUUAGAAACUGAUCGGUGUAGCACGACGUCUCUAGAGAUUUGUAUUAUAUCAUCAUGGACACUACUGAUACUAAUGAUCAAAGUAACAGAGACGUAGAGCCUCCUCGUCUUCUUUUGAGACCAGUAAGGCCAAUGGAAUCUGGUGUUGGCUUACCUUACGCACCUGAGAACUGGCCUAUGCCUGGAGACACGUGGCGUUGGAAAGUAGGACCUAGAAUCACCGGUAAAGGCACCUUUCUAGAUCGCUACUUAUACCCUCCUAAGCAUCUUCCUGGUUUAUCCUCCACUGAAACCAUGCGUAAAGGCACCGCGUUUAGGAGCAGGCUCUCACUUGAACGCUACAUUCGUCUAGCUUUCCCUGAUGCUGAUGUUCACAAGUUCUUUGCUUCUUUCAGUUGGGCUGUUCCUAGCACAGAUGGCAUAUGUAUGAAGCGUUCUAUAAUGCCAGUGUAUACCUCAGAUGGUGAAGAUCCAAUGCAGGACAAUGUAUCUGAUGUUCUUGUUUGUAAAGCUGGUAAUGACAAAUGCGGGAGCCUCCUGAUGAUGCCGCCGAGUGAAACCGAACCAAUGCCUUGUGACAUUUGCUGUAGUGAACCUAAUUUCUGCACCUAUUGCUCUUGCACCCUCUGCUGUAAAUCAAUAAGCGUUGAGCAUGGAGGUUACAGCUAUGUCAAAUGUGAAGCUGUGGUUUCCGAGGGUAUUAUAUGUGGACAUGUUGCUCAUGUAAACUGUGCUCUUCGAGCUUACAUGGCUGGAACCGUUGGAGGGAGUAUUGGGUUGGAUGCUGAAUAUUAUUGUAGGAGAUGUGACGCCAAAAAGGACUUGGUUCCGCAUGUUAACAGGUUCUUGGAAGUAUGUAAGACUGUGGAGUACCAAGGCGAUGUGGAGAAGAUUCUUAAUCUCGGUAUAUGUGUACUGCGUGGCUCACAGAGAGUCAGUGCUAAGGAGCUGCUGAACUGUAUCGAAUCAACAGUCAUCAAGCUUAAGUGUGGCACGAGCUUGGAAGAUCUUUGGAAUGAUGAUACACCUACUAUAUGGUCAGAUUUCUCUGAGAGUGGAGAAGGUAAAGACAAUGAUGAUGCAUUGCAAAGUCUACAAGACGUGACACCAAUCGAGCCCAUGCCAUUCAAUCACGAGGCAGAGAUGCACAAACUUGAGGAAGAGAUCCGUGAGGUUCUAAAAGCGUUGAGAGAAGCUCAGGAAUCUGAGUAUCAGAUCGCUGAAGUCAGACUUCAUGCUCAGAAGGAAUGUCUCGGUGAUCUGUAUAGGCAACUUGAGGAGGAGAAGUCAGAGAUGUCUAGGCGUGUAUCAGGUUCAGAUGCAGAUAGCUUGAUGACGAACGUGUUGAAGAGAAUGGAUCAGAUAAGGAAAGAAGUGACAAAGCUUAAGGAAAUGGAGGAAGUGGCUAAAGGGUUUGGCAGGACGCGUAGAGGAAUCCUUGAAGAGUAUUUUCAUCUAACAAUCGAGGAAUAGAGAGAUGUCAAAUAAGCAUAGGAACAAAUUAUAAAUUGUACAUUUGUCGUUGUGACGUUGUCUGCUAAGUUCCUUUGGAUUCUUCAUCGUGUACUCAAAUUUUGCUUCACCAUUAUACAUAAACAUCUUGCU